AUGUCUUUUCCCAAGGAGGAAAGUUCCUCGGACCGAAAAGAGGAAUCUCCCUCAUCCUGCAAAGGGGAACCCCCCUCAGAUCGAAAGGAGGAGACUCUCUUAGACUGCAAGGAAGAGGUCUCCUCAAACUGCAAAGAAGAGGCCCCUUCGAACUGCAAGGGAGAAACCCGCCCCGAUCGGAAGGAAGAGGACCCCUCGGAUUGCAGCGCCGAGCGGGAUAGUUCGGCCAUGUCGCACAACGCAAACUAUAAUUACUCUGGGCAGUUUUCUGGUCAGAGCCAGUCCGAGAAUGAUUCAAAGAACCCCAACUCCAACUAUCACGGAUUUCUCAACCAGGGUCAGUCUCAACAUGGUUCGAGCAAUGCCGUCCCACUAUGGCCUUCCCAAUUGCUUUCAUCUCAAAGGCUCCCAUCACAGCAGGGAACAGGCUUUGGUGAGGUAACUUGGAACCAGACCAUGCUAGCUAAUGGACCCGCGGUUUCCCUGAUACCGUCCGACUUUUUCCUUGAUACUGAGCCAGACCUGCAUGAUUCCACGGGUUCCUCGGUCCUCGAGGCUGGCUCGAUUGUCGAUUUGAAUGGGAGAACCUACCAAGGAUAUCGUGAGGACCGUUAUUUCCUGCCCAACGAUCCGGCUGAACAGGACCGCCUAGAUUUUCAGCAUGCCGGCCUCACCAUCCUCCUGGGGGAUCUGCUGUCAUGGGCGCCGCUGCCCGGUCCGCCAAAGAAUGUGUUGGAUAUUGGAACCGGAACUGGUAUUUGGGCAAUCGAGUUCGCACAGAAAUACCCUGAGUCCAGCAUCAUCGGCAACGACAUUAGCAUGAUCCAGCCGGAAAAUAAACCAGCCAACUGCACCUUUGUGCAGGAGGACGUCGAGGAACCCUGGCUAUACCCGCCGGGUUACUUCGACUAUAUUCACAUGCGGCUGAUGCACUCAUGCCUUGACCACCCGCGCACGGUGAUCCAGUACGCCUUCGAGAGUCUAGCCCCGGGGGGCUGGAUCGAAUUUCACGAUACCUGCCCACGCGUCCUCGACGCCGACGGCACCGCCAUCAAGCGGACUUGGGACUUGAUGAUCGAGGGCGCGGCCGCCAAGGGCCGCAAUAUCCUUGUGGCGCCGUACUACAAGCAGUGGCUCGAGGAGGCCGGGUUUGUGAUCGUUACGGAGUUCAAACGCCCGUGGCCCAUCAACGACUGGCCCUCCAACAAGAGGCUCCGGCGGGCCGGCAUGUACAUGCGCAGGAUGCUUACGGAUAACGCGCGCGGCAUCACGUGGAAGAUGCUUCAGAGCAAGGGGCUGUCACCGCUUGAGAUUGAGCAGCUCGUCGCUCAGUGCAAGGAGGAGUUCCAGAACACAGAUAUCCAUGGAUUCUGGCCGUUCUAUAUCGUGUAUGGAAGGAAGCCAUAUGAUGGGGAAACGGUAGAUAUUGACAGCAAGACCACGUUCUCGCCCCCUGUCGCGACAGGAGUCACCCCACAGCCAGAUUCAACCCCCAGAAACCAGGCACGGCCAAAUGAGCUGGGCAAGCUUUGGCGAAGUUAUCUCCAGUCCCAGUUCUCUCUGCCUAUCCAGCCAGAUCAUAUUCACGGUUUACGACAUGUUCAUGGAAGGGCCAACUCUGCUCCAUAUGCUGGAAUAGAUAGCCAUGUCGCUGAGGGGGCACCCAAUGCGGCCCAAGUGCCAUCUAACCGGCAACUCACAGCCAUCUUUACUGGCACAAACGGAGGGUCCCAAACUUCGCGGCUUUCGACAAUGCCACUUCCACUACCUCAAGUCGUCCUUCCAGAUCCUGAAGCAGGGAUCCAUGAUGUGAGCGGGGAUUCCAUCGCCGCGCCGGGUUCGAUCCAAGACUCGAACGGAAGGACGUAUCAGGGAUAUAAACCAGAUCGCUAUUAUCUGCCAAACGAUGCUGCCGAGCAAGAUCGCCUUGACUUCCAACAUGCGGGGACCAUCCUUCUCAUGGAUGAUCAGUUGUCAUGCGCCCCUAUCACAUCUCCAAGAUAUGUGCUUGACAUUGCAACGGGGACGGGUAUAUGGGCUAGCGAGUUUGCGGAGCAACAUCCCCAAUCAACGGUCAUCGGCUCAGACUUGACACUCAUUCAGCCUACACCUGGGCUUCCAAACCUCAACUUUGUCCAAGAAGAUGCAGAAGAGGAGUGGCUAUACAGCUAUAAGUUCGACUAUAUCCACUUAAGAUAUGUCUAUACCUGUUUUGACGACCCGCGACGGGUCAUCAAGUCUGCUUUCGAGAAUCUCAAUCCCGGGGGAUGGAUCGAGUUCCAGGACGGCUCACCUGAGCUCCGAUCGGCAAAGGGUCCGAGGGUUUUGGAUCAUAACCCCUUAAAACAACUUCUGGACCUGGCUAUUGAAGGAAGCGCGAGAUUGGGCAGGGACAUCCUCGUGUCCAAGCAUUACAAGCGCUGGUUAGAAGAGGCAGGGUUUGUCGACGUUGUGGAAAUGACGCUAGGUCUACCGAUUAACGCAUGGCACUCCCAUCCGAAGCUGAAGAAGGCAGGGCACUACCAUAGCAGGAUGAUGUUGGACAACUUGCGAGGGAUAUCGUGGAAGAUGCUCCAGGGAUACGGAUUAUCGGAGUUCGAGAUCGACGACAUGGUGGCCAAUGUCAAGCCCCAGUACCGUGAUCUGAGCCUUAAGGCCUACUAUCCCUUCUGGAUAGUAUAUGGACGAAAGCCUUUCUGA